AUGAGGGGUCACGUCCUCUGGGGGCUUCUACUGCUCCUCGGCGUUGAUGCCAUCUCUUACCGAUGUGACAAUAAUCAGGUCCUCAUAGUUCAGAACUUUGGAAAUGACACCAUUCGGAUGCAUUGUCAGCGUCUCAACAUUUGUGGAUUCGACAAUUUGGUAUGCUUUUUUAAGCCCGGAUUUAAAUUUAAACCCCGUAAUUAUCCGCCUCAUUACCUCUUGUUUCUCCCAUGCUUUUCUUUUCAAGAAGAAACAAUCCCUUUUUUGCAACGUUUAUUGGAAUUCCGAUUCUAGGAUUGCGAAUAUGAACAUCAACAGCACACUUGUGGCGGCAAAUACAACUUUGUUGCUCAUGUGAAUCAACAAACUGCUACAGGACCGUAUGUUUUAUCGCCGUUUCUCUACCUUUUAAUUGUUUUCGCACUCUUGAACUGGAUUAUUUGCAGAGUUGAACACACUUGUUGUUUGCUGAAGCAGAAAGAAGAGCAUCUGAGUUACGACAACGAUUGUUUCGUAUACGAAUUACCCGAUGGCUCUCAUUCUGACGAAGCCAAAACCAAUGGGACCUCCAAGAGCGAUGAUGGAAUCACCGUUCUCAAGAAUGCCAACCAAAUUCCAGAACAAUUUGAUGGCUACGUUGGCUACCGUAUGCGACUCUUCAUGUUACGCAACAAAUCUCCCCCCACUUUGAUUGUAAAGGCUAUUGAGAGAGUCCCGUAAGUUGUAAGUUCAUUAUAGGAUAGGUUGUUUACAGUGCUGGCUAUCGCGUUACUAUCUGCCGUCCUCGUUGUGGAAAGUUCGCAAACGAAGGAGUCGGGGAACAGGUUACUGUAACAAAAGAACAGGAAACUAAGAUCCCGGAAGGCGAUGAAUGGGCGGCUGCUGCUUGGAGUUCAUGGCAGACAUCCACGUAAGAUGACGAAACUUGAUUUAAGAUUGUAUUUUAGAUGGAGCACUUGGAGUAAGACCACUUGGAGCGCCUGGGAAGAAGCCUCGGCCGAGAAUUCAGCUGGAGUCAGGUCUCGUGCUCAUCGUUUAGGCCAUGAUUCCAAGGGAACUGGACCUCUGGCUACCGCCAUUUCCAGUGCUAAGGCCGAGAAUGGCCAAGACGCCAAGAGCGGUUCAUCUGGCAAUGGAGGAGCAACCCCAAUCAUCAAUAAUAAUGUCCAUGUUCAUGCUGAAGGUGGGAAAGGAGGAGAAGGAGGGCAGGCCCACAUUCAACUUCCCGACGAAAAACAACCCAAAGAUAAUGAAAAGAGUGCUGCUGGUGACUUAAGUGGAGGACGAGGAGACGGAAGAUUAGGACCUGCUCACAGCGACAGUGAUCUAGCUGGAGAUGGAUGGAAUUUUAUUCCUGAUGAGAAGAACCAUGGACAAAGAAAGAAUAAGAAGUUGAAGAAUGCAAAGAAGGCCAAGUGGGAUGAAGAGGAGGAAGAGGAAGAAGAGGAAGACGAAACGGCUGAUUCUGACGAGGAGAGAGAAGAGAGUGCAGAGAAAAAGGGAAAGAAAUUAAUCGGCGGAAAAGGAAAAGACGGGAAAUCCAAAAAUGGAGACAAUGACACUGAUAAGGGCGACAAGGAAGAUCCAGGAAAGGACGCCGUUGAUGGCGGAACUGACGAAGAUGGAGGAGUCCGGAAGGAUCAGUCGAAGGCUCUUAAAUCAAAUGCCGAUGGCGGAAAUGCUGACAAGACUGGUAAGACUGGAAAGAAAGGAAAGGGAAAACCUGGAAAGGGGCCAGCUAAAGGAGAUGAUGAAGACGGAACAACUGAUGCUGAUCAGAAAAAUGGACCUAACGAUGACAAUGGUGAUGCCGAAGGGAAACCUAAGAACAAAAUUGGAAAGGGCAAAGGAAACAAGGGAAACAGCCCAUCUAAACAGGCUAAGAAAGGAAAAAAAGACAAAGAAGGAGGUGAUAAAGAUGGUUUGAGGGGAAGCGGCAAAGACAAGGCCGACUCUGAUGACAAUUCUGCAGAUAAGAAUGGACAAAAUACUCCAGAUGACAAAGAUAGAAACGGAAAGAAGAAGGCGAAUGACGGCGCCAGUCCUGAUGAUGCAAGAAAGAAAGGAAAAGGAAAAGGAAAGCAAAACCAUAAAGGAAAAGAUGAUUCUGAUAAGGAGGGAAAUGGAGAAGACGUCAGAAACGAUGGGGACAAGUAUGAAGGCGAAAACCAAAAGGAUAAUGCCGGGAAAGGAAAGGGAGGAAAAGGUGACAACGACGAAAAGGCGAAGAAUGGAGGAAAGAGAAGAAAUCAAGGGAAGAAAAACAACAGUGGGGACGAGAAACCCAAGAAUAAGGACGGCAAAAAAGAUGAAGAUGCAAACAAAAACAAGACUAGCUCAGACUCCGGGAAAGAUAACGACAAGAAUCCCGACAAGACCGAUAAGUCCUCUUUGGGAAAUGGAGGAAAGAAAGGCAGCAAGACUGUAGACGGAGGCAAGAAAAAGGCUUCCGGAGACGCUGAAAAGGACGGAAAAAAGAAACCCAACUCGGAAAACAACGGUCAGCAUAAGUCUGGCAAAGAAAAUGAAAAAAUUAAAGGAAAUGGCAAUGAUGUCGCAAAGGAUGGAGAAACAGAAAAGAAAUCACCUAAACUCCUGAGAAGGAAAAACGGACGUCUCUCCACUCACGAUGAAGGAGAAACCCUCCCAGAAGACGGCGAUGAUAAUGGAGAUGACAGUGAGAACAUAAAAUGGGCAAGUUCAGAAAAAGUCGAUAAGGCCAGUAAAGAAGGAGAUGAAAAUAAUAACAAGUCCGGAGAAACUGAAGGAGAUAAUGGAGAUGCAGGAUCUGGCAAGGGAAGAAAAGACAAGGGUCAGAAAUCUGGUGGAGACUCUGAAGAAGCUGGAGACGGGGAGGGGAAGAAAGAUAGAGAAGGAAAGGCCGAUGGAGGAAACGGUGACGGAAAGGCCGAUAGUGGAAAGGAAGGCGAUGGAAAUAAGGGAGGAAAAGCAGAUGGUCACAACAACGAAGAAGCAAACGCUUUGAAAAAUAAGGAAUCCGAAGAGGAUGACAGAACUGAUGAGAAAUCAUUGGCCAACGCAGGAAAGAGGAACCGAGGCACAAUUCACGAUGCCGGGGAUUCUGAUGGAACCAACGAGAUUGGAGAUGAUGGAGGAUUCAAACAAGGAGGAGAUGAGAAUGACAAGCAAGGUCCUGAUGCUGACGCCAAGAGUGGAGAAACUGAGGAAUCGGCUGAAGGUACUAAUGGAAAUGGAAAGAAAAGUGGAGGUAAUGAAUCAAAAUUCUCCGGAAUUAUCAACGAAAAAGAACCAACCGAUUCUGAUGAAAGUGUCGAAAGGUCGUCAUCAGAAAAAGUUGAAAACACCACCAAUGGUGAAGAAAAAGAAACCACCUCAGAAGGUGGAUUCGUGGUUGAAGUGAAUGCCGGAGUUGGCACCAAAUCAGAAGAGGAUAGUCAAGAAGAAGGGGACAAGAAGGAUGGUGACCAUAAAGGUGAGGGUGCUCAUGAGAUUGGAGACCACAGUGGGGAAGAAGAACAUCAUGGAGAAGGAGGACAUGGAGGAGAAGAGGUGCUUCCAUGGUGUGAUGAACUGAAGACUAAAGCUGUGUCAGCUGAAUCGAGUGGGGAAAGUGUUCAUGAAGCAAGUGGAGAAGAAACUUUGGGAACUGGAUUCACAGGAAUCAUUUCCGAAUCUAGUGGGGAAGAUGUUCACAGUGCAAGUGGAGAAGAAGCUCACAGUGCAAGUGGAGAAGAAAUCGCUGUAACUACCACCCAGAAGUGCAGAAACCGACCAGGUGAGUCACUAGGAAUAUAUAGUCAUCAUUGUCAAGAUCAGGGGCGUAUCUGCGGAAUUUUAUUUUUCUGGGGAGGGGAGGCUUUUUACGGUAAAGAUGUGGGCAAAAAGCCUCCCGAACUAACUACCAGUGGAAAAAAAUUGUGCCUUGCUUUGUUCCCCUCUUACCAUUUCUUUGCGAUCCUCUGCCUGGAUGAACCAUUAUUAUCAUCACUUUUACAGCAAAAGCAACAGAGAGCGGUCCUGGCCAUCAAAAGGCCCAUGGCCAACGUAGUCAUAGUAAACCUGUCUCACACGGACACGGGCAAGUACAUAGUCCACCAAGACCAGCUCCUAACGCCCCUCCACGCGACCCCAAUGUUCUUCAAUGGCAAGAUUCCCCAGGGCCCGACAGCUUCCUCGCUAGUAUGAGGAGUUGUUUCAGUGGGGAUACCAUGGUUCGAACCAUCUCAGGCGACAAGAAGAUGGAGGAUUUACAAGUCGGAGACUAUGUUCUCGUUCCCAGCACUGACAGUUCAAUGAAAUACGAACGCGUAGAGUUGUUCUACCAUCGUGAACCUGAAACCUAUGUGAAAUUCGUCCAGCUGAAUACUGAAUCUGGGAAGAGUUUGUCAUUAACUCGUAAGUAAAUGCCACAACCUCCAUGUAAAUAUAUUUAGAAUUGCAUUUACUUCCAUUCGGAGACUGCGAGGAAAUGGAAGAAAGUAUUGGAAAAGGAGAGGGAACAGAGGAAUGGAUUCGAAAAUCCAAGUUUUCCUAUAAGGCCCAGAAAGGAGAAUGUCUUCUGACUCUGGAUUCUGAAGGUCGCGUCUUCGCUGACAAGAUUUCUAAAGUAAGUACACUUAGAUCCUUCGAAAGCGUCGUGUACAACGAAAAGUAAACAUGAAUCUUUAGGUUGGUCGUCGUUUAUCCAAAGGAAUCUACAGUCCGGUUACUGUAGAAGGAGCAAUCGUCGCUAAUGACAUAUUGGCCUCUUGCUUCUCGCAAUUGGAGAGUCAUUCGGCUCAGAAGAUGGCGUUCGAUCUGCUGAUCCGUGUCUACCAUACCUUCGGAUAUCUGAAAGGAGCUGCUCACAAUGCAGUUCAAGAGGUCCCCAUCAUGUUGGACUAUGUCCAUCAACUCAGUUGGUAUAUCCUGCCAUUUGCCAAGUAUUAG